AUGGCUCCCAUCAAUGCACUACAUACUUCUACGAGCACUAAUUAUGACCAAUCACUCCAAUCAGCAUCGCUAGAGCUCAACUAUGAGCGAUCAACACACCUAGUCGACAUCAUUUCCAAAGACGAAAACCUGCGUAAACUGCGUUUCGACAUGCACAGACUCGAAGACGACAAUGAGGAGUUGCGCGAACUCUUGACCACCGAGGAAGACCGCUCAGAGGCACUCGAGAAGACUGUUAACGACAAUCUCGCUCGUGCUGAAGACGCCGAAGCUCAUGCUAUCGACUUGCAGACUGAUCUACAAGCUGCAGAGCAAGAGCUCUCCAUACUCAGGGCAGAAACAAACGCUCUACGAAACGUCACUACAGAUUCCGAAAAACUCCUGACCGAGAAACUCAACCUGGCCCGCCAACUGUCUACCCUCAAACCAGAACUCGACCAUCUACGCGCUCAAGUAGAUUCAAACCAGGAUCUCCUCUCCGAAAAGCUCGCUCUGCAACGACAAGUCAGUGAGAUCCAAGUCGAACUUGACCACGCCAAAUCUGAAGCCAAGCGCGCAAUCGCAAAACGCCGUAACACUCAACACGAUCUGAAUCAACAGGAUGAGAUCGACGACUUGCGCAAGGCUCUUACAAGGGAGAAGAGGUUGAGAGAGAAGGCUCAGGAGGACCUGGAAACUGCUCAGGCCGAGCUGGAACGCGAGAAAGAGAAUGCCCAGCGCAAGAACACAACAGAAGCUGCAAAAGCAGAGGAAAAUGCUAGUGUGCAAGUCGAGACGGAAGAGCUGCGUCGCCAACUCGCAAAGGAGCGCAAGGAGCGCGAGAGGACCGAGAAAACACAUCAAAAGACCCAAAAUGAUUGGGACGCCACGAAAGCAAUUCUGGACGACAAGCUCAACCAAUUCCGCACGAAACUGAAGUCUACCAAGGAGAAGUUGAAGGAGACCGAGACACAGCUUGAGGAUGCUCAAAGGUCUGCUGCAGCCGGUGCGGCAUCAGCACCUGUCGCGGUUGAGAAAGCUACCAAACAGACAAAGAAGAGAAGCGCUGCACAGAUGGACCCAGACUCGCAAAAGCUAGGAACACCAGGCAACGCCAAACCCGCCAAAAAGGGUCGCAAAGCUGCUGCAGUCGGUGACAAGUCGACCUUCUCCAUCACACCAUUCCUCAACCGCACCAUGAGUGUUGCACCAGAAAGUCCUGAGCAAGCCGAGGAAGCUCAAGCAGAAGCAGCUGCCCAAGAAUCAGAAUCAGAGAUUGAGGCCGAGUCUCCGAGCGCAGCUAACGUCCGACCUACCACAGAAGCUGCCCCUAAGCCGUUAGCGACUGUGCCUGCCAGCAAGAGCAACAUCAAGAAGGCAAAGCCCGUAGCUGAGUCGAAACCUAAGAAACAAACAAAGAAGCAAGCACUGGAACAAGUCAUCGAAGAAGUCGAACCUGCAUCUCAAGAAGAGAACGCUGCAACGACUAAGGUCCCCACUUUCAAGGCCAAGAAGACUGAUGGAGACACCAAACCUAAGCCCAAGCAACGCAAGUCCCUUGCUACUUUCGCUGCCUUUACACAUGAACCAGAACCAGAAAAGAAGCAAAAGAAGCGAAAGCUCGGUGGUUUGGGCAAGACGCUAUUCGACGACGAGGAUGAUGCGCCUAGUAAGCCGCUUCCUGGCCGUGGAGGCGGUCUAUUCGGAGCAUCACGUCUGGGACCUCUUGCAGCUGGUGGUGUCCGAGGUAGCUUUAUCGGCGGCAUGGGCAAGAAGAAGUCUGGACUUUUGACUGCUGAUGAUGGAUUCAUGUUUUCACCUCUUAAGAAGGAGAGGAAAGCUAUGGCUAGUUUCAUUCAGUAA